AUGGACUUCAACAGUCCAUAUGGUAUCUUGGACGGCGAGAACGGGUAUUCUCACGCCGACCCUGACUAUCAACCCCUUGACUUGUCGGCUCUCGACCCAACUCUAGGGGAAGACGGGAGUCUGGCCUCUUACGAACAAGCUACAAUCCAAAGAUUCCUCGGGGAAGACGACUCACGCCGCUUGUGGGAGAUGAACUCGACUCAUUGGCCUGAAACCCCCUCUAUGGGAGUGAUCAGUUACCCCGCUACUCCUACACUCGAGCCCAAUGAUCGAUCCUCCACACCCGAUUCCCUUCGGCUGCCCUCGCUUCCACCAAACAACUCUCGUCCCGUCACACGAGGGGAUCUCCAGCGGUAUGGAGAGUCUCAACGCCCUCUGACUCCACUUGACUCUGCUCUCCUGACCUCCGCGCCGGGGGCCUUCAGCGACGAGGAGCAUUCCACUCCUCGAGCCGCCCUCAUGGGUCUCAGCAUCACAGAAGACACUCGAGAGGCAGUGGGAAAUACUAUCCAUGUCCAGAUGCCAAACCUGUUCCCAUCGUCCAGGCUUAGCCUGGGACCAAAUGCCAACAACCCCUUUCCCCUGAGGGAGCAAAACCUCCCAGCCAAACCUGUCGAAACAAUAGAACCCGUCUCCCUCAUGUCCCCGCCAAUGCAGCCGCAUUCCCUCCCGAACCCCUCCUUCACAAGACCACUGCUCGCGAUCAGCGGUUCAUCGAAGCCCAAAAACACCGGCAAGAACAAGAAAAAGAACAAGAAGCAACCACCAAAGACCUUCGGCCGUAACAGGGUCCUGAAGCCUAGUCAGGAGUCGACAGUCAAGGACAGGCUGAAGGCCAACACUGCCAGCAACAUGUCCAACAGCAAGUUCACUGCCCCCAUCAGCCGGCAGGGCGACUUCUCGUGCAAGCACUGCGACUUCUCGUGCCAGGACAACAACACCCUCAGGAAGCACAACAAGUUAGACCACGCCGGUCCCUUUUCCUGCAUCUUCGAAUUCGCCGGGUGCAACGACAAGUUCUCCGCCAAGAACGAGUGGAAGCGCCACGUCCUCCGCGGGCACGUCGUCAGCAAGGUCAACGUCUGCUCCUACGGCGGCUGCGCCGGCGACAACGACAAGCCCUCCAACACCAAGUACAUCGACGUCCAGGGCAAGCAGUUCAACCGCAAGGACCUCUACGACUGCCACAUGAACCGCGUGCACACCUACCCGACAACCGAGAAUCAGACCCGCGAGGAGUAUGAGUGCAUGCUCAAGGCCCUGCUGAGGCGGUCGUGGCACAUCCGCUGCCAGACCCCUACAUACAUGGAGUGCCCGAGCCCCGGCUGCAACCUCUCCUUCGAGGGCGACGACGCCUGGGACCAGCGGAUGGAGCACACCGCCCGCCACAUGGAGAAGGCCGCCGCCGGCGAGGCUGACGACAUCGUCAUCGGCGGCGACAACGACCACACCCUCAUCGAUUGGGCUUCGCUCCCCGAGAAUGGUGUCAUCAAGCGCGUCGACGACGAGUGGGAGGUCUGCUUUAUUUCCCACAAUAGGAAGACCCAGUCCAAGUACUAA